AUGUCUUCCGCGAACGAUUCUCUCCUCGCUCUCCGACAAGCUGUCAAGUCCAAGAGCUCGAUCACAUACUCAAACGGCUCAGAAACCACUAGCUCAUUGGCAUCUGCCACACACCUAGUCCUGUCGCCCACACUCUCGCUCCCAAAAUCUGCACCAACAAGGUUGCGCAAGCCCGGGGCGACAUCAACGGAUUCCUCUGCAAAUGCACAGGAUUUCUUCUCAGUCGAGGCAGUGUACCUCGCGUGGCUACUGCGCGAUGCGUCUGGCGCAGAGUACAUGAAGCAGGCGCGAGAGAAUGGGCUUGCAGUGGGGUUCGUGAGCGUCACAGAACGGAAGAGCGUGGUCGACUGGCUGGAAGGUAGGAUUGGGGACUUGGCGAGCAUCGUCCCACUUGUUUCAGAGUCGACGACACCACCGGGUACUCCGCCUCAGCUGAGAUUUGCAUCAGCUCUUCCAUCAACGCUGUCCAUCAAAGGUGCUGAUACGUCAACGAGUCCUACAAAACGCCGCUAUGUUACGGACUCGGCAGAUAUUGAAGUUGUGAAGAAGAUCAAACAGAAUGAGGUUGAGCUUAGGGACAGAAACACCGUGCUGCGCGGGAUCAAGCCCAACAAUUUCUCCAAUGUUCGGACUACAUACGCAGAGAAGCUCAAGAAGCUAAAAGAAGCGGGGAAGGGCGGAGCCGCUGCGGCUGCCACCGCGGCCACUCCAGAUCCAAAAUUACACCCUCGCAAAGCCAAAAACCAAUAUCCCAUUAUCAUGAUUUCAUCCUCUCCCACCGCGCUCAUCACUAUGCACAACGUGAAGCGCUUCCUGCAAGAGUCAGUAUUUGAGCCUUCACAAGAUGCUCGUGCACGCGCGGCUGCAGAGGGGAAUGCGCGGCCGGAGGAUCUUAUCGCCAUCUACCGCAAGCGCACGACAAUCGAUCCCUCUGGGCGCGAGAUGGAGAGCAAUUCACGCUACUUCAUCGUGGAUAGCACAGAGGCGCUGGCGAAGUUCGGUGCGGACGCGUGGGACCGAGUGGUCUGUGUGAUGACCACAGGCCAGGUGUGGCAGUUCCGCCCGUACAAAUGGGCGGAUCCGAAGACGCUGUUCCAUCACGUUAAGGGUUUCUAUGUCUCCUGGACGAACGAUCCGCCAAAUCCGAAAAUAAAGGACUGGAAUGUCACCGAGCUGAAGAUUGACCCACACCGACGGCACGUCGACAAGUCUGUUGUCGCACAUUUCUGGAAGACCCUGGAUACGUGGACAGCGACGAACAAGCCGUGGCUCUACCACGGAUGA